AGCAACCCGUUUGGGUUCCAUGUUAUACGAUCCACUCGUUGGACUUUGUUGGAAUCCCAUCUCGAGGUUGUCUACAAAAACGAGAUGACGCUUCUCUCAAGAGACAUGUGGUCGUAGGAAUGGCUCGAGACGGAUAUCGACGAGCUACACCGAAACGGAGGAGAGUGAGACAGAUGGGAUACUGAGGACACGCCACCAAAGUAGGCCAUUAAUGGCCCUGGGACAUGCAGGAAACAACCUUCCGUCGAGCCCGAAGUUUUGCUGGUUGAAACAGGAAGCCGAAAAGGAUGACAAAAAGAGUGGGAGAAAGAUAUCGUAAUGUCUGCAGCAGAUCUUUACCACUGUACACUCCACCAAAUUGUGUGAAUGCUCCAUAAUCUUCAUCAAAAGCUGAAGUAGCAGGUAGCAGAGGAAGAGCUUCAAGACUUGACAGAUGAUGAGCAAAAGAGGAGAAAGGCCAAGUGAUCUCACCAAAAAGCCUGAGACCCUUGCCUCAACAGAGGACACCACCACCAUGGUUUUCUUCUUUUUGAUUUGAUUUAGAGUACACCAUCCGAAUUCCAUACUUAUCACUGCAAGCUCACAUGCAUACAUCGCCAUCAACUUCUACACAGUAAAUCUCUAACCCAUCCUCUCUCCUCUUUGGCCACUUGUUAGAUCUCUGAAAUAAUUUGAAGUCCUUUUGGACGGAGGAGGUGGAAGGCACCUCUAUAUAAUCCCCGUCCCACACAAGGAAGACUCCCCAUCACUUCCCUCCCCCCGCACUCUUAAAGGCAUGUUCAAUAUCUCUGCCAUUUGCCAACUAGUAGAGAACUCUGUCUUCUUCUUCUUUUCUACCGCUUUCAUCCCUUUCCUCUUAAGCUGAAUUGAUACAUCUCCGCAAAAGAAGAGAGAAAAAGAACAGUACUAUAGAACGACAGAGUAGGAGAACACUAAACCAGAGGAGAACCUCUUCUCCCCUGUUCCCUGAAUUCCGUUCAAUACUUACUUGAGUGGGAAGAAGAAAGCAUUCUUCAGGGUUCCACUACAAGAAAGAUAAGAUGGAGUUUUGGGCAUUUCUUGCCUCUCUCAUGGGGGUGUUCGCCUUCUUCCAGAGCCUUAUCAACAUCGUAUUCCCUCCCGACCUCCGUUUCGCAUCCGCCAAGUUCCUCUACCGCCUCUGCCACUGCUUCUCUUCCUCCUGCUACUUCGACAUCACUGAGAUCGACGGCGUCAACACCAACGAGCUCUACAACGCCGUCCAGAUCUACCUCAGCGGCUCUGCUUCCGUCGCCGCCUCCCGCCUCAGCGUCUCCCGGCCCCUCAACUCCUCCGCCUUCACCUUCGGCCUCGCCAGCAACGACCGCCUUGUCGACACCUUCGGUGGCGCCACCGCCACGUGGGAACACGUGGUCACCCAGCGCCAGGCCCAGGCCUUCUCGUGGCGCCCCCUUCCCGAUGAGAAACGUGGGUUCACGCUCAUGAUCAAGAAGAAGGACAAGCCCCUCAUCCUCCAGGCCUACCUCCAACACAUUAUGGACACGGCCACCCUGCUCCGCCGCAGUAACCAGGACCGGCUACUGUACACCAAUUCGCGCGGCGGCGCCAUGGACUCCCGCGUUCACCCGUGGGAGUCUGUGCCGUUCAAGCACCCAAGCACGUUCGAGACCCUCGCCAUGGACCCGAUCAAGAAAGAGGCGAUCAUGGCCGACCUCAAGGACUUCGCGGAGAGGGAGGUCUUUUACCAGAGGACGGGGCGUGCAUGGAAGAGAGGCUACUUGCUGUACGGCCCACCGGGCACUGGCAAGUCGAGCAUGAUCGCCGCUAUGGCGAAUUAUCUCAACUACGACGUCUUUGACCUCGAGCUCACCGAGGUGCAUACCAAUUCGGAGCUUCGUAAGCUUCUGAUGAAGACGACUUCGAAGUCGAUCAUUGUCAUCGAGGACAUAGAUUGCUCGAUCAAUCUGACCAACCGUAGUUCCGGCUGGAAGAAGGCAAUGCCCCUUUAUGACUCUACCUUCGGCUCGGAUGACGCCAAUGCUGCGAAGACGAUAACUUUGUCCGGGCUGCUGAAUUUUACCGACGGGUUGUGGUCGUGCUGCGGGAACGAGAGGAUCUUCGUGUUCACCACGAACCAUAUCGAAAAGCUUGACCCGGCGCUCCUCAGGUCGGGGAGGAUGGACAUGCAUAUCUGCAUGAGCUAUUGCUCCUACGAAGCGUUAAAGACGCUGAUGCAGAAUUAUCUGUCACCGGAGGAUGUCGAGCUGGAACACGAGGGGAAGAAUGCAGAGCUACUGAAGGAACUGGAAGAGGUGAUUAAUGGUGUCGACAUAACCCCAGCAGAUGUCAGCGAGAUUCUAAUAAAGAACCGGCGACGAAAGAAGCUUGAGGCCAUGGCGGAGGUGUUGGAGGUACUCAAGAACAGAGCAAAGAACAAGGGAAGAGGAGGAGGAUCUCUGAAGGCCUUCGAGAAGGAGAACGAGGAGGAAGAGCAGGAGAAGCGGGCAUUAGGGAGCCCAAAGGAAGGUAAGGAAGCAGCAAAUCGGUGCAAUGGGGAGAACGAAGAGUAGGAACGUGUAUUAGCCUUCCAUCAUUGCUUUUAUCUUUCUCUUUCUUUGAAGUUAUCAGUGUCAACUGAGCAUGUAAACUGUACUCUUC